AUGAUGAUGUUCUUUUUCAGCUAUAUAUUAUUCGUAUGGAUCUUACUCCAUGAAAAUAUCCAUAGUGAAACGAUUUUACCUUCUACUAAUAAUAAUUGCACUGUAGAGUAUGAUGGACAUUUGUUAGAAGAAGAUCAAGUUAUCGAAAUAAAAGGAAAACUUUACAAAGUGGAAGAUUGUGCACUUCAACGAGCUUAUAAUGCAUGUGGUAUGUAUUUGUUACAAAUGGUUAGUAUUGCUUGUGAUGUUAUUAAAAAUGAAAAACAUAAAGUGCCAAGUAAACGACGUGUUCGUAAAUCUUUACGACGAAAAUUGCUUACUGAAGCUUGUUGUGAAACUUUAUGUACUGUUGCUGAAAUGAUACGUUAUUGUCCUUCACAUUGA